CAGCUCAUAUCCGGUAUGGUAGUAAGUAUGCAGUGUUUGACGCAGCUCAGUUUGCAGGAGGAGUGAGCAGCGCGCACCGAGCCGCUCCUCUUCCUCUCCUCCCACCUCCUCACUCUUGUGUAACUUCUCUGUUGGUUUCAGCAAUGACACACGCACACUUUCUAACGAAAAUAUAGACUAUAGCUACAUGUAAACUACAUGCACAAGCAACAGGUGAUGAUUAUAUGAGCAAAUAAACUGCGGGACAUCUUAUCCAUACAUGCCCCAUAAUGGUCGAUUGUAAUACCUUCUAGUAGUACUCAGAUAUAAUUACAGACCAAUUAUAGGAAUUUUGAGAAGCCAAGGAAUGAUAAUUGUUUUUAAGCAGCCUAUGUUGGCAAACAGAAGCAAGUCCCUAAUUGUUGCCUUAAUGUGUUGCAGAUGCCUCCUGCUGGCUCACAGUGUAACUCAUAGUUUGUGUCCCUGUUUUUCAGCCCAUAACCAAAUGGUGCGAAGUCUCUGUCAAUAUUAUUCUUGACACUAAGUGUGGAUUUUUAAACCAUGAGUCAAUAGUUUUUUUUUUUGGUUGGCCAGGCUUCUUUCAUAAGACUGGAAAAGCCUGUUUUUGUCCUGUCAGGCUGUAUUUCUCACAUAUAAAACAUAGUAUUAGGAAAAAACCUUCAUACCUUACAUAGACCAACAUUUGCUGCGGUUCUAUAUGUUCUAUUAAACAAUCACCAUAGCGUUAUUUAUCCUGGUGUUUAAUCUGGUCUAUUUUAGUUGCAGGUUAUUCUAAUUAGGGUAUUUCUGCUGUCUGUAUCUGUCAGCACUCUUACACACCUUUGCACCAUUUGCAUCCUGCUAAGUUCACCGAAACUGUUUCACCUUUUUAUAGACACUGUGUGUUGUUGUUGUUGUUGUUGUGCACUUGUUUCCAUGUGCAUGUAUCUAUUUUUUCACCAAUUUGCAUAUACAUAGUGAUAUAUUUAUGUUUACUUAUCUUUGUUCAGCUUUUUGUUCUUGUGUAUCUUCCUCAACAUUAUGGUGUGUAAGCACACUGAGAGCCACAAAAAAACAGUCAAAUUUUUGUAUGUAUUAACAUGCUUGGCCAAUAAAGCUGAUUCUGAUAUAAAACAUACAAAAACCUUAUCUUACAGAAACCAACAUUUAGGCCUACUGCUAUUCUAUAUGCUUUCCUUUAUAAUAAUCACCAUAGCAUUAUUUAUUCUGGCAUACAAACAUUAUAGUGGUUAAUUUGGUUUAUUUUUGUUGCAGGUUGUUCUAAUUUAGGCCUCAAACAUCCUAUAAAAAACUUUUCAUGUGCCCCAUACACACAUGGAAAUACACAACUGCCACCUACUGGUUAUUGAUUAGCAUUGCAGGCAAUGCAGGUUGGAGCUAUUGGCGAUAUUGCUGUUCUCGCGAUAUCAGGGUGUCAGGACCAAAACAGGAAGUGAGACAUGGCAACGGUGUUCGGCGGAGUAGAGGGUGGAGGGAGUCACUCCGUAGCGUUGCUGGUGGCAGAAGAUGGGAAGAUCUUGGCAGAGACGAAGGGACCGUCCACCAACCACUGGUUGGUUGGUGUGGACAAAUGUAUUACAACUAUCAACGACAUGGUCCAGAGAGCCAAGAUUGAGGCGGGACUGGAUCCAAACACCCCCCUGUGCUCACUGGGCAUGUCUCUGAGUGGAGGGGAGCAGAAGGAGGCCAUCAACCAUCUGAUGGCUCAAUUGAAGGAACUGUUCCCCAAUCUCAGCAAGCACUACUUCAUCACUACUGAUGCCAUCGGCGCCGUGGCAACCGCCAGUGAUCGUGGAGGUGUAGUCUUGAUAUCAGGGACUGGCUCUAACUGCAAGUUAGUCAAUCCUGAUGGAUCGCACGUCGGCUGCGGAGGCUGGGGUCACAUGAUGGGUGAUGAAGGAUCCGCAUUCUGGAUCUCUCAUUUGGCUGUAAAGACGGUGUUUGAUGCCAAGGACAAAAUGGUCACUCCUCCGCAUGAUGUUAAACACGUGAAAAAAGCCAUGAUGGAGUACUUCCAGGUGUCAGAUCUGAUGGGCAUGCUGCCGCACCUCUACAGAAACUUCCAGAAGUCCCACUUUGCUGGUUUCUGUAAGAAGCUGGCUGAAGGUGCAGAAGCAGGGGAUGCUCUCUGCCGGUAUGUGUUCACUCAGGCUGGGAGAGUCCUGGCAAAACAUGUAGAAGCUGUUUUACUUGAAGCACAGGAGCCUCUACUGAGUGGUGAGCUCGGCCUGCCCAUCCUGUGUGAAGGCUUAGUGUGGAAGAGCUGGGAGCUUCUGAAGCCAGGGUUUAAUGAGGUCUUGGAUAAAGUGGCAUCAUCUGACAAGUUCAAGGGUCGUUUCCAUGGCUACAGCCUCCUGGUUUUGAGGCAGUCUUCAGCCCUUGGAGGCGCUAGUCUCGGGGCUAAGAGUAUUGGUGCCACCAUAAAAAUGGAUUACGCUGCCAAUGCCAAAGUUUUCUACCAACACACCUUCAACAGCAACCAAUGACAUUUCAACUGAGGGAAAAAAAUGUGCUUUUGCUAAUAAUAUUUACUAUAAUGAUGAUAAUGAUGAUUGUUGUGUAAUAAGGGUUUAGUGCCUGAUCUCACUACAAGAUACCAAGAUGGUGGUUGAAAAUAAGACUUGGGUAUUCUGGUGACUUAUCAGCUGCUUGUCAGCCCCUCGGACCAUUGAUUUGAUAUUACUUUCAUUGUACUGUCAAAACAAAUCCUUGAGAUUUCAGAACUUGUUUACAUUUUACAUUUAUAAUAAAGGUGCAGAUGAUUUUGCAGAAAUCUUA